CUCCAUCUUUGAUUGAUUGAUUGAUUGAACAGGAUUCAGGAUUGACACAGCUGAUAGGAUAUAAUUGUUGUUGGUGUCAAGAAAAUGUCAAAAAAUUAUCUAACACCGCCCUCAACCUCAUCAUCAUCAUCAUCUUUAUCGCCAGUGUGUCAUCGUCAUCGAUCGACAAGUAAUCAAUCAUGCCAGCAUACACGUCAUCCUAUGAAUGCAACAUUGUCACCUAUGAAAGAAACUUACAAUUGUGAAUUGAUGCAUUCCAAUUGUCAUAGUUUGAUUACAUCAAAACCAAUCAGUAGUCAAUCACAACAUCGUUAUGGAUUAUCAUGCUACUCGAAACAGCAACAAUCACAACCACAAUCACAAACGCCACAUGAUGUAUUAUUAUUCAACAGUCAACAUUUGCCAAGAACUAUGCUAUCCUCACAAAUACAAAGACCAAUUAAUAUAAACAAUUCACCUAAACAAUCUUAUUCACCAAGUAAAUAUGAGCAAGAAUCAUUUGAUGAUCAUAGAGGAAAUUAUUCUUAUUCCAUUAUUAAUACUAAUAAUAAUGAUAAUAAUAAUAGUAAUAUUAAUUACUAUAAAUCAAAUAUUAGACAACACAGUCCCUAUAAUCAUCAUUUGCACUAUACAAGACCUACUAUAAAACGAAUGCCAGAAACGGUAUUACCAGUGAAUCGAUUGAGUAACAGUACAAUUUAUCAUCAGCAGCCUAGAUCACAGCUGACGCCAUGUUUAUCAACAGAACAACAACUACAACAACAACAUCAAUUGAAACCAUCUUCAACUGGAUCACGAAAUACAAACCAGCUAGUACAGUAUCCUCAACAAAGAACUCCAUCACCUUUAAAAUACACUACAUUUGAUCAUCAUAAUAAUGAUAAUAAUUAUAUUAAUGACGAUGAACCAGAUAUAUGGAAUGUUGGUUCAUCAACACGACGAUUAUUUGAUCAUCAACCGAUUUAUUUGACAAAUUCCAAUAAACUGAAACAACAGAAUAAACUAUUGAACAAAUCGAAACAUUCAAUUUUACAAUUGGAUAAUUUUAAUACUCCAUUCAGUACAGAUUGUUGUACUACAGGAAGUUUACUUAGUACAACAGAUGAAGAAACUGUAUCAUUGAACACGAUAAUAGAUAAUGAAGAGAAUAUGAAUUUAUUGUUUGGACAUUCAAAUUCAUUGAAACCAUUGAAUGUCAUCACCAAACCAGAAAUGUAUGCAUCAACUAAUACUCUUGUACCACAAUCAAUUGAUAAAUCAUUUCAAUUGCAUCAUGACAUUUAUCCAUUUUAUUCUUUACAGAAAAAAACACAACAAACUAAUUUAAUGCAUAAACAUGUAAUGACAUCAGAUUGUAAAAUCAAAUCAAAUCAAUCUUUCAAUAUUCAAUCAAACAAUAUUAAGAAUUCAAUAAAUUCAACACAACCACUACCUUGUACUACUACUAUUACUACUAAUCCCAUCCCACUGUCAUUGCAUGAUGAUCAACCGACUACAUUUAUUAAAACUUAUGAUGAUGAUUACGGGGAUCAAUGGACAGUGUAUUAUCGUAAUCCAGUUCUGCCAACCGUCCCUAAUGAAUCACCAUUAGCCGAUGACCGGAAACAUUCAACCAUAUUGGAUCUUUCUAUGCCAAAACCAUUGAACUCUUCAUGUAAUCAUGAUCAUGAUCAUCAUCAACACCACCAACUGUCAACAACAUAUCCAAGAAGUAUACCAGAACAGCAACAACACCAACAACACUUGAAAUUGUUGAAUGAAACAAAACCCGAUGAAAAUACAACCAUUGUACGAAAAAAGAAACUUAAAAAACGCCAACACCAACACCACCAACACCAACAACAAUCACUUUCAUUUAAACAAACGGAAUAUCUUAUUGAAACAUUGGAAUCAUUGACAAAUUCAAUUGAAAGAAAUAAUUUCAAUCUUGAAUUUGAAUUAAAACAAAUGGAUCAUAUUUUAAGCGGAAAUUAUAAACGUUCAUUGUAUAAUACACAAAUUAAUAAUAAUGAUUUGAAUUCUUGCAGAAAUUCUUUACUUACUACAGGACGGCUACAUUCAUCAAUGUGUUUAAAUACCAGACACAAUAUUGGUAAUCGAUAUGAACAUAAGCGGAAAUUAGUCAGUUUAAAACAUUCCGAUGAAUUUUUCAGUCAACAAAAUCGAAUUGAAAAAGUUGCUGUUGAAGUACGUGUUGUAUUUUUGAAAAUUGGUGAAAUUGACACAUUGAAAGAAUUAUAUUAUGCUGAUGCAUUUCUACAAGCUAAAUGGAGAGAACCGAAACUUGAUGGACAUACAGCUGAAGAGUUAAGUAUCACUGAAUUAGAACAAUAUUGGAAUCCUUUAUUAUACAUUGAUAAUAUAUUAAAUGAAACUAAAGAUACACAAUGGAUAAUGGCUAUACGUAGUGAGAAUGGUGAAGUUUACUUGAUGGAACGUAGACGUAUUAAAGGUGUAUUUUUAGAAACGCUGGAAUUAAAUGAUUUUCCAUUAGAUGUACAGGUUAGUUUCAGUGAUUAA